AUGUCGAAUAUUAAGUCUCAUAGUACUGUGUCUUCGACUGCCAAGAAUGAAGUAGAACUUCGAGUCGAUGCUGUGGACGACCUCAGACUCGACGCAUUGGAAGAACACAAGAUCUCUUUGAGGCAGAUCUUGAAAGCUCAUCCAGUCCCCAAGUUUUCUCCUGCAAGAAUCCGACUUUAUGUAACCAUCUGCUGUUUGUACUUGGUUGCUACAUGCUCCGGGUUUGAUGGCCUGUUAAUGACAAGUAUCAACACUUUAGACGAGUAUAAAGAAUGGUUCAACUUGCCGGAAUCUGCAAGUGGAACUGGUUUGAUUUUUCUGAUUUACACGAUUGGUUCAAUGGCAUCUACAUGCCUCGUGUGGCUUGGAGACUAUAUUGGCAGGGUUUAUACCAUUGGUAUUGGAUUGGUGAUUGUCGUUAUAGGCUCAAUUAUAUCUGCAACCACCGCAAAUCAUAAGGCGUUUAUCGCUGCUCGGUUUAUAUUGAGUUUUGGUGUCACACUUGCAACAACAAGUACCCCCGCUUACUUAUUGGAAGUUGUUCCAAGUGACAUGAAGACUCUUGCACUUUUCUACAACACCUUGUAUUUUGUGGGAAGUUUGAUCGCUACUUGGACUAUGUAUGGAACUGAGAUUCACUAUAAAGGAACUCAUAAAAGUUUCAGUAUUGCUUUGUGGUUGCAAAUCUUAUGUCCUUGUAUAAUUUUGAGCAUGCUCUGGUUAUUUCCUGAAAGCCCAAGAUAUCUUUACUCGAAGAAUAAAGUUGAGAAGAGUAAAGCUUUUGUGGUAAAGUAUCAUGCUGGUGGUGAUGAAAACCAUCCAAUUGUUGCAGCUGAGAUGAAGCAAAUUGCAGAGUCUUUUGCUCAGUCAGGAUUCUUGAAACCCAGAGACUAUCUUGACUUCACGGUUUUGAUCAGAACAAAAGCUCGUCAAAAGAGAACUCUUUUGGUGGUGAUCUGGUCUUGGUUUUCUCAAUUCAGUGGUAAUCAAGUCAUUACCUACUACAUGACAACCUUGCUUCUUAACUUGGGGGUUGAAAACGCUACCACUAGAUUACUUUUGACGGCUGUUAACUCGAUUGUUUGUCUCAUAUUUGCCAGUUUUGGAGUCUUUACUAUUGAGAGGUUUGGAAGAAGACCGAUCCUUCUAUAUGCCUGUGCCGGGUUUAUUCUUUGCUUCGCAGUGUUGGCAGGGACUACAAAAGCAUUUGAAGCAGACAACAACAACCACGUUGCAUCCAGAGUGGGAAUUGCCUUUAUCUACAUUUUCCAAGCAGUGUUUUUCGCCUUUGCCUUCACUCCUUUGCAACCAACUUAUCCAGCAGAAGUGUUCUCUAAUGAUAUGAGAGCAAGGGGAAUGGCAUUGUGGCACUUGGUUUCUAAUGCGGCUGGUACCGUGAACUUAUACACCGCCCCUAUUGCAAUGGCAAACAUCAAGUAUUGGUACUAUGUUUUUUUCUGCUUCUGGGAUGCCAUUGAACUAUUGGUUAUUUACUUUUUCUUUGUUGAGACCAGCCAAUUGAGUUUGGAGGAAAUCGAGUACAUUUUCACCCAGCCAAAUUCGGUGAAGGAGAGUAUUCGGUUGUCCAACGCUGCUCGUUCUGGUGACACAGAAGUAGUCAAAGAGCUUUUUGCUCACAUUGACCCUGUGACAAGCUUAGAUGCUUGA